UCGCCCCGCGCGACGCGAUCCCCAGUGCGAUCGAGCGAGGCGCGCGUGCUUGUACCGCUGUCGGAUACGAUGAUAAAAGCUACGCGUACACGAGGACGCUUUUAAACACUUUAGUGAAAUAAUGUAAGACGCCUAGCGACAGGCCGCUCGGACCGACCGACCGGCGGCUACCUGCGAGUGUAAACUCGACCCUCCAAAAAGAUAAAAAAAAACGCCAAACUCCUAUGUCAGUGCGGUCGGAUUGUGUUUGUGUAGUGUAGUUUGAAAAUAGUUAAAUGGAUCAGGCUGCGAUGUUCGUAUGAGGAAGAAAGGGAACCGGAACAUUAUGUCGGUGGGGCUGCAGCGGCGCGUGCCGGCGCUGGACGAGGCGGGCGGCGUGGGCGCCGGCUGGAAGGGCGGAGGCGAGGCGCCCUUCGGCACGUUCGCGGCCCCUGCGGGCUCACCCGCGGGCCCCGCCUUCGCCGCCUCUCCUGCACCUUCCACCCCAGGCCCCGGCCCGGGGUUCGCGGGCCCGCCGUACGCGGGGCCCUUCGGCAGCCCGUCCGCGAGACCCGGCAGCGGCGGCGGGUUUGCAGGCCCUCAGCAGGGGCAUUUCCCCGGUCCGGGGUUCGCCCCACCCGGCUCGCCGUUCCACCCCCAUGCGCCGCAUCCUCCGAUGCCGCCGCAUCCACACAUGAUGGCGCCACUCCCGCCACCUGUAGACAGAAGGCACGCGCCAUAUUUCGGUCAGCCAGAUUACAGAGUUUACGAACUCAACAAACGGUUACAACAGAGGACAGAGGACUCAGAUAACCUAUGGUGGGACGCGUUCGCGACAGAGUUCUUCGAGGACGACGCGACGUUAACACUUACAUUUUGUUUAGAAGAUGGACCCAAAAGAUACACGAUAGGAAGGACGUUAAUACCUCGCUACUUCAGAAGCAUAUACGAGGGAGGUGUCUCAGAACUGUACUAUACAAUGAGACAACCAAAAGAGUCCUUUCACAAUACCAGUAUCACAUUAGACUGCGACCAUUGCACUAUGGUCACACAUCACGGGAAACCUAUGUUUACUAAGGUGUGUACAGAAGGUAGACUGAUCUUAGAGUUCACAUUCGAUGAUUUAAUGCGGAUCAAAUCGUGGCAUAUGGCGGUGCGAGCUCACCGCGAACUAAUCCCGCGGCAAGCGGUGCAUCCACCAGACCACGCCGCGUUAGAUCAACUAGCUAAGAACAUCACACGGCAAGGCAUCACAAAUUCCACGCUCAACUAUCUAAGGUUGUGCGUCAUAUUAGAGCCGAUGCAGGAAUUAAUGUCCCGGCACAAGGCGUACGCGUUGUCGCCGCGGGACUGCCUCAAGACGACACUCUUCCAGAAAUGGCAGCGGAUGGUCGCGCCACCAGAAUCACAACGUCCGGCAAGCAAACGACGCAAGCGUAAAGGUAGCGCUGGAGCUAAUGCAGCGCCACCCGCACCUACAAAGAAACGCUCGCCAGGACCCAACUUCAGCCUCGCCUCGCAGGACGUGAUGGUUGUGGGGGAGCCGUCACUAAUGGGGGGUGAAUUCGGUGAUGAGGAUGAACGGCUGAUCACGCGGCUGGAGAACACUCAGUACGAGGGUGAUGUGGAAUGGAGCGCACCCCCCGCCUCGCCCGCCAAGACACCACCCGCGCCACACUGACCCCCCACACACCCCCCACACCCCCCACACACACACACUAAUAUAGGAUA